UUUAAAAAAUCUAUUGUCCACCAUGGCUGUUGGCAAGAACAAGCGCCUUAGUAAGGGAAAGAAGGGAUUGAAGAAGAAGGUCGUUGACCCCUUCACCCGCAAGGACUGGUACGAUAUCAAGGCCCCCUCCAUGUUCGAGGUUCGUCAGGCCGGUAAGACCCUCGUCAACCGUACUCAGGGUCUCCGCAACGCCAACGACUCUCUUGACGGUCGUGUCCUCGAGCUCUCCCUCGGUGACCUCGCCAAGGAUGAGACUCGUGCUUUCCGCAAGAUCCAGCUUAAGGUUGAUGAGAUCCAGGGCAAGAACCUCCUCACCAACUUCUACGGCAUGGACAUGACCACUGAUAAGCUCCGCUCCAUGGUCAAGAAGUGGCAGACUCUCAUUGAGGCUUUCGUUGAUGUCAAGACCACUGACGGUUACCUCGUCCGUAUCUUCACCGUUGCCUUCACCUCCCGCCGCCGCGAUCAGGUCAAGAAGACCACCUAUGCUCAGUCCGCCCAGAUCCGUCAGAUUCGCAAGAAGAUGUUCGAGAUCAUGUCUGAGGAGGCUGUCGUCUGUGACUUGAAGGAGUUGGUUGCCAAGGUUACCUCCUCUGCCUCUGCUUCCGCUCAGGACUCUAUUGCUGUCCGCAUCGAGAAGGCUUGCCACGGUAUCUACCCUCUCCAGAACACCUACACCCGCAAGGUCAAGAUCCUUAAGGCACCCAAGUUUGAUGUCUCUGCCCUCUUGGCUCUCCACGGUGGUGCCUCUGCUGGUGAUUCCGAUGUCGGUGCCAAGAUCUCCAAGGAGUUUGUCGAGCCCCCUGUCCUUACUAGCGUUUAAAACACUUGUGAGAACAAAAAAAAACACACACACAUCAUAAAGAUUUCCUUUUUCGCUUGUAAUUGUUGUAUGUAUUGGUUUGAAUUGUGUUAGGAUAGAAUAGUUUGGAGUAAAAAAGGUGUUUUGAUACCAUAGAGUGUCUUCAAGAAUAUAUAUGUAUGCAACAAACGAGGCAUAAAGGGGUAUCUGUGUUCAAAGUGUUUGGUAUCUUGUCCUGCUAUGGUGAUGAAUACCAACAACCAACAAAUGGGUAGAUUGGAGAGCCAAUCUGCCAUGGAGGGGAACUCUAUCCAACCCACCAAGAGAUCUCUGAUAUAUACAACUGUUCCUGGUCCAUAAAAUGGCAACAUGCUAGUUAAAAAAAGAACAAUUGUUUGCUGAUAAUAAUAUGAUUGCCAUGAAUAGUCCGUAUUCUGCUUCAGGGCACCCACUCUUGCUGAAAUAGUAACAACUAUUCUUGCAAUAUAAAACAAUGAGAAAGCGACACAAGUAGGUAUGAUACCCUGGCCCAGGAUGGCCAGCAAAGCCGAAACCCACAAUACAGUGGUAGAUGAUUGAUUGUCUGUUGGUGUUGAGAAUCCCAAUCCCUUGUAAACACGGCUCAAAAGAACGAAUCCGAUACUUAGUAUACCCCAAACAAGGGCUGUUAAUCCAGCAGCCAAAAUAAAUAGACCAACUGGCAUCCACCAGAAGAAAUCUCCUUGAUCGCCUAACAGCAACUCAUCCUGAAGGAAUGAAAGUGGUGUUAUAGUAAAAGGUAGUAUGUUAUUAAUACAUGGAGCCCACAAGGAUCUGUAUCCACACAACGCUAGUACGCCUGUCAAAAUUGCGAGUCGCCCUUUAAGGCAUUGCAAAAAGGCUUCUUCAAAAGGUAUAAAUGUUGCUUCAGAAGAUUGAUACUCAAGUUGAUAGCUUAUGAUAGAGAGAGUGAUAACUAGCCAAAAUGUGGUAAUACUAGCUGCACCAUAACGCAAAAUCCAUUGAGCUGCACUACCGUACCAAUCUAUUUUCAGCAAAGCCUCAAAAGGCGCACAACUCUGUGUACCCCAAAACUCUAGUACCAAGCCUUCGUCCUUGUGAUGAUGGAAGGUGAGAUGUAUUGUAUUUCCGUGACUGAAUUUAGUCUCUCCCUCAGCACCCAUUCUUUGACGCACUAUACGCUCGUUGCACUCAGACGAUAGCUCAAGACGGUAGAUCAAUAGUGGAUUGUGAAUGGCUGGUAUUUGUAUUUCGGAAACGAUAUCUGGCUUCAAGGUAAACUUGAGUCCAGAAUGGGCAAUAUC